AUGUAAAAUCUUCUUUAAGAAAUAAGCCAAGAUCAUAAUUUGAGAUAAAAAAAAAUACCUGCUAGCGAAUUUUAGAAUAUAUUGGAAUAAUACAAUAUAACUAAUAUUUAGUUAGAUGAUGAUUAGGAGUAUAAUUAUUAAGAAUUAUACAAUUACUUAAAUUUAUUUUAAUAUAAAGACUCCUUGUAAUACAUUUCAAAGGACUAAAUAUUAGUAAGGACAUAAAACGAAUGGAAUAUUAAUUCAAUUUAAAAAGAUGAAAAUGAAAAAGAUUUCCAUGAUUUAGUAUAAGAGAGACUUUCAAAAGGAUUUCAAUUUGAUAUAAAUGAUUGCUAUUUUGCUAAUCCUGACAUAUUUUAAUAUAUUCAAUUAUGUUUAGAUGAAAUAAAGUAAUAACAAUAACAAUAAUAAAUUAAUAAUACUCAAAUUUAGAAGCCUAGACCAGGAACAAUUCGUUCUCAAUAAGAAUUACAUAUAUAAAAUUAGAACUUAAGUUAAAAACCUAAAGAAAAUUCUAUACUUGAAGGUAUAUACAUUUAACCUGAAAGUGAAGCAAAAUAAAAUGAGUAUUUUUUCUAUAAAUAUUUUACUAAUGAUUAAAUAAGUAAGUUAAUCAAUAGAUGUGGUUGGAAAAGUGGAGAUGAUUGUUAGAAUUUUAAUGUUGAAAAUAUAUGUAAAUAAUGUAUUUAAAAGACUGAAUAUUCAAGAGCAGCAGCGAUUGCUUGUGUUCAUUUUUAAUUUUAGAAAGCAAUAUAAAUUUUAAAAGAACAUCUUGAAAAUAAAAAUAAAGAAACAUAUCAAAUCUUAAUGGCACUUUAAGGCAUUGAAGAAUUAAGAAAUUUAUAUACAAUUUCAAAUUAGAAAGAUAUUCUUAAAAAAAUAAUUGAAAUUUGUUAAGUAUUUUUAGAAAAUAAGAAAUUUUCUGAUCCAUAUUAUGAAUUAAUUGCUGAAUUUUUGAAAAAAGAUAAAUUUAUUGAUUAUUUAAACUAUGGUGCUAAUAAGAUAAGUAUUUUUGAUAGAAUAGGAUUAUGGGCUAGAUUUUGUUAAGGAAGGAAACCUUAAAUUUCUAAUAUGUUAGAUAAUAUAAUAUUAAAUGGGAAAUGUGAUAUGUCAAUUUAAUAUUUAUAAUAAUAUCUAGAUGAUAAAGGCGAUCUAUAAUUAUGUGGAAUAGUUUCUAUUUACUUAUAUAUUAUAGAUUAUCCAUAAAAAGAUAAACUUAUAAAGAUAUUUAACUCAUAUAUUGAUUAUUUAUUAAAAUAAGAAAUACCAAUAAAUACAUUAUUAUGUAAGAUAAAAUAAACUGAGAUUGAAUAUAAUAAACCAUUUCUUAACGAAGCUUUCAAACAGUACUUAUCUCCCCAAAUUUCAAUGUGUUGCAAUUUUUGUUCGAAUCCUGUUGGAUAACCUUAUUUAGAAAUAUAAAGAAGGGGUAACCCCAGAAGAGGGUAUUAAUUUUUGAAUAUUUAAUCAAUUACUUAGAAAUCUUGCUAGAGAUGAUAAUCCAAGAACAAAUCUUUGUGCUUCUUGUAAUCACGCAUUGUCCAAUUGUGUUGUUUGUGCAUAAUAUUUUACAAUACCAAAUAAUUAAGACAUUGAUAGAAAAAGAGGAUCCAAUUAAUAAAGAAUCUUAGAUUAAUUAAAAAUUGACUAAGCAAUGGUUUGGUGUUUAAGUUGUAAACAUGGUGGUCAUUAGUCUCAUAUUGAAGAAUGGUUUGAGUUAUAUUAAAAAUGUCCAGUUUACGAUUGCGAUUGUGAAUGUAGCAUUAUUUGAUAAAAAAG